AUGCAAUCUUUGUCGUCGAAAUUGUUGGCGCGUGUGGUGGAGUUGUAUACGAACGAAGGUGUAAUUUCUGUUGAGUUGUAUGAUGAUGACGCUCCGAGGACAGCUGAAUCUUUUUUUCGACUCGCAUGUAGUGGUCAACUUGAUGGGGCUGUCUUUUCAAGAAUGAUUCCCGGUUUUGUUUUAGAGUGUUCUUUGGAUAAUGUCCCUUUGUAUGGUGAACUUUUUGAACCAGAGAGGAACAAAAAAUUGCAUCAUACUGGUGCAGGUAUUCUCUGUUGCUUUCACCCUCGAGGUGAUGUUAGCACCGAAAAGAAGUUUUUUAUAACUUUAGGACCACAACCACAGUUGGACGAUUUGUGUACUAUUUUUGGUAGAGUUUGCUCAGGCAUGCAUGUAGUAGAGAAAAUAUCUAAAUUUCGUGUGGUGAAUGAGAGUUUUCGUCUUUAUACGCCUGUGGUACUGAAGCGCUGUGUAGUGCGUGUGUUACCGAAAGAGACAAGGCCGUAUGCUUUGAAUGAUUUACCAGUUAAGAAUGCACCGCGUUUGCAGCAACGUGCUGACGCCAAAUCUAGUCUGCUAAAUAAUCUUGAGUGA